AGAACAUUUCUAGGGUUUUGGGGUCUCUACUGCGAUUGAGUGAAGGAAAGACGACCGAAGAGCGACGGAAGUGGUGUUUCCGCUUGUCGCCCAUCUCUCACCUUCGCAACCAUGAUUAUUCCAGAGAAGAACCGCAGAGAGAUCUCUAAGUACCUCUUCCAAGAGGGCGUUUGCUAUGCAAAGAAAGACUUUAACCUUGCGAAGCACCCGGAAAUCGAUGUGCCGAAUCUGCAGGUAAUCAAGUUGAUGCAGAGCUUCAAAUCAAAGGAGUACGUGCGUGAGACCUUUGCUUGGAUGCACUACUACUGGUAUCUCACCAACGAUGGGAUUGAAUUCCUCCGAACCUACCUCAACCUACCUUCGGAGAUUGUCCCCGCCACAUUGAAGAAAUCUGUUAAGCCCGCCGGUAGGCCCAUGGGACCUCCCGGAGAUCGCCCACGUGGUCCACCUCGUUUUGAUGGAGACCGACCUAGAUUUGGCGACCGUGAUGGAUACCGUGGAGGUCCCCGAGGACCUCCUGGUGAGUUCGGUGACAAGGGAGGAGCACCACCUGAAUACCAGCCUUCAUUUAGGGGUCCCGGUGCAAGACCUGGCUUUGGCCGUGGUGGCGGUAGUUAUGGUGCAGCAGCAGGGGCUACUAGCUCUAAUCUUCCAUAGAUGAUACCUUCAGUCUUGCAAAUCAUCUAGUUUUUUGACGGUUUAGUGGAUGUAGAAUCUAAGAGCGCCUGCUAUUUCUUGAAUUUGUUGCAGUUUCAUAGCGUUAGUUUAGAGUUUUGAGUUUGUCAUGGGAUCUAAUUGUGUCGAUUUAUUUUUAAUGAAAAGAGGAACAUAGAAUCUCUCUUUGAAUUUCCUAUUUAAAUGAUGGUUUCGUUGUGCUUUGUUAAACUAUUAAGCGUUAUAGUGCAUUAUGGCUUGUUAAUUUA